AGGAUCUUAUCUUGAUGGGUCAAGAAAUAAUAGAUACUCCUUUGAGUACAUAUAUCAGCAAUCCUGAGCUCUGUCGCUCAAUCGUCCAACGCGCUCGUCAGCUGGGUACGAAGUGGGAUGCUAACCCUGCGUGGGAGGGGCGCCAAUGGUACAUUCAAUUUUUGCUGGCUGUUGCUGGACUGAGUCGCAUUGUUGAAUGGUGGGAAGGUGAGAAAGGAUUUUGGAAUUUUGAUGAGAGUGAUGAUGAGAAAGACCCAAUCAAGUUUGUCGUUCGGGAUGAUGGCACUAACAUCUGGAUCAGGAACCCAGAUGAAUUGUCGCCAAAACCAACAAACGUGAUGGAUCCCGAGAGCCAAUUGCGAUCAGCAGAAAUACAAGCACCUCCACCGUCAAGUACACGCUCGUCACCACCAUUGAGUUUACAUUCCAAGCCACUCGUCUUUGAUGACACCAAUGUAUCACCUGACCAAGAAGGCGAUAAGCCACAGGGUUCUCAGAUACACAGCCAUCGUCCUGAUGAUCUCGACAAGGCUAUUGGCGUUGAGCGUACUCAGCACAUACUUGUCGACCUUAGUCUAGACGACGCCAAAUUCCAAUUCAUUGCACCUGUAUGGGCAGAUGUUGUCGGCACAAACCCUGAUGACCUCUAUGGUAGACCUAUAUCAGAAGUCCUCGCACCAGAAGAUGAGACUGUCUUCAUUGAAGCUACGCAGGCAUUCUACAAAGAUGAUCAAUCAAUAAAGGAAGUACGUUUCGGACUCUACGUUGUACCAGAAUAUGCACGUGAUGGUGAAGAGAUAGACUAUGAUUUCGAUUCAGGCAAUUAUGUAGAGUUUGAAGCUAAAGGUAUGAUGAUGAAGGAGAGAUACAGUGGAGAAUUCACACAUACUAUGUGGGUAAUGAAGCCAGUUCCGCCAACAAAAUAUGGCAUAGAAUUGAAGGAAUCCGAAGCUGUGAGAUCUGGUGGUGUAUUCGAUUUGGAAGUUGCAAGGCAGCAAUCAACAGUUCAUCAGCUCAUUAUGUCAGGCAAUAAAGAAGAUCUAGAGAAGCCACUCCUUUGUCGUAUAUGUGAGCUGGAAAUACCUCUAUGGUUCUUUGAAAGACAUAAUGAGACUUGCAACGAGAUUCACAGACUUGAAAUGGAUAUAAAUGGUAUAAAUGAAAGCCUGUCUGAGUUCAUUGAGGUAAUCAAUGAUCUUAAGGGUAUCCUUGGUGGCACCAAAGAUGGAGAGGCUUUAUAUGAAGGUGCCAACUUCCGUGAUGUUACAGACGCACAUGGCAGAAGAUCAUCUGUGAAGCAUAUAAGAGUACUCGAUCAUCUCUAUGAAGGCGUCGAGACAGCCUUGGAUAUUUCAACCCCAGGAGCUAAAGAUGAAAAAGAAGCAGAAUUACCAAUAGAGCAACAAAGGCUACUCUCUCCAUCAUCCGAAAGCAAAUAUCAGCAAGUGAAGCUCUGGCAAAAGCCAAUUACAGAUGAUGAAGCCCUCAACAAGCUGCUAACCAACAUUGAACCGCUUCUCCAAGCGAAAUUGAGAGCCGUUACGCGUAUGCGUAAUACAAUCAUCUACACCGAGAAGAUCCGCCAAGAAUGGGAGGAAGCAAUAAAGCAGGAGUUUGAAAGUGUUAGCGUUAGUUCUAGAUCUUCGGAAGCUUCGUCUCCGAUGAAAUUAGGAGCACCACAAUCGAGUGAUACAGGCUCGAGUUUGAACGCACCAUCGUAUUACCCAUAUAUCGGGAGUAGUGAAUUGCCUUCACGUGCUGAUACUCCUAUCGAAAUUAGUGGCGUAGUUCCAAAUUCAGCAUCGAGGAAGUUAUCUAAAGAGAUAUCAAUUCAUUCAUCAUCAGGCGAUGAGAAACGUCAUGAUAAGGAGGCAGGAAUAGCAGUACCACGGGCUUCACAUAUAUUUGACACAACGCAGCCAUUUGCCGAAUCACCGAGGUCGUUAACCGUUCCACAAUCUAACACCCCCGAAGCAACGAGUGUGUCGCCAUCGAACACAUCACCGCUAUCGAAGAUGGCUAGUGGAGAAUACUCGCCGUCCUCACGUGUAAAUUCACCACCUGUCUCAGUGAAGGAGCGCGGUCAUAAAAAGAAGCGAAGCAAGGGUAGCAUCAGUGCGAUGCCAAGCGGUAGCCCGUCAACAACAACACGUUACGUUGGUUUUGAGAAGGAAGGAAGCUCAUCGCCCCAUACUCCUUCGUCAUUCACAUUGGAAACAGAAUCACGGCACCAUUCCUCUAGACUUGGUCUUCAUUCACCGCGGAUGUCGAUCGUACCGACUGCUCGCACAACGCCUGCAAGUAUACGUGACUUUGAAGUCAUAAAACCAAUUUCUAAGGGUGCAUUCGGUAGUGUCUAUCUUGCAAAGAAAAGAGCGACAGGAGAUUAUUACGCUAUUAAGAUUCUCCGGAAGGCUGAUAUGAUUUCUAAAAAUCAAGUCACGAAUGUUAGAGCCGAGAGAACAAUUCUAAUGUCGACUGCAGAAUCACCAUUUGUUGCCAAGUUGUUCUUCACUUUCCAAACACGCGAUCACCUCUUCUUGGUUAUGGAAUAUCUAAAUGGAGGUGAUUGCGCUUCGCUCAUUAAGCAACUCGGUGGACUGAGUGAGGAAUGGGCAAAGCGAUACAUGGCAGAGGUUGUACUCUGCUUGGAACACCUUCACGGGCAGAAUAUUGUCCAUCGUGAUAUGAAACCAGAUAAUCUUCUUAUUGACCAGAAAGGACAUCUCCGACUGACUGACUUCGGAUUAUCCAAGAUCGGUCUGCUCGGUCGUCAAGCGAGAGGCACAACAAGUGAUCCAUCUAGACAGAAAUCAAAUCAAAAUCACGAACUUGAUGUGCAAGGAAUAUCCUAUUUGUCACCUUCAAAUGACACGACGUCCUUGCCUGCGUCAAACUCCUUCAUUCAGUCAUAUUUCUCGAACACCUGGGGAAGUAGAUCUAGACGAAAUUCAAUUGUGUCAGAAUCAGACACGUCUGGAAAUAAUAGAAGUCUAAGUAGAGGUACUCCACCAAAUCAUUCUGAUGAAUCGUCUAUUUCCAAAAGUCGUCCUCAAGCUUUCGCUGGUACCCCUGAUUAUUUGGCACCUGAAACUAUAUUGGGAUAUGGUGGUGAUGAUAUGGCGGUCGAUUGGUGGGCCAUUGGUGUCAUCUUAUAUGAAUUCUUGUAUGGUAUACCACCAUUUAACGAUGCCACACCAUCGAAAGUAUUCGAGAAUAUCCUAUCGAGGAGAAUAAACUGGCACGAAGAUGAUCCAGACUAUGAAGUAUCCCCAGAAGCUAGAGAUUUGAUGGAAAAGCUCCUCUGCAGCGACCCACAGAAGAGAUUAGGUGCAAAUGGUGCAUGGGAAGUAAAGAGUCAUCCUUUCUUUGCUGACAUAGACUGGGAAAAACUCAUGACAAUGGAAGCUGCUUUCAUUCCGGAUGCCGCAAACCCCGAAGAUACUGAUUAUUUCGAUCCAAGGGGAGCUCUUAAUGACGACUUUGCUACACAAAUCGAAGCACUGAACAAGGCUGCCGCUGCCGAACAUCAACAUGAAUCUGCACCUAUGACACCGCCUACUCAAUACCCUGCUUCACCUGCAUUACCGAUGGAUGCAGCUUUACCAUCAGAAUCAGCUACAGCGGGUCCUGGUACACCAGGAUCAGAAACAAGCUCUGCAAAUUUCAGUAGUAGUAAGAGAGCUCAUGAUGACUUUGGACCAUUCAGUUUCAAGAAUUUACCAGUAUUGAAGCAAGCAAAUGACGAGGUUAUUCGUAAAAUGAGGAAUGAGUUCAUUACAGCCAACUCUGUGUCAUCUGAUGAAGAACAAUUGUCGCCAGUUGAGAGAGUUCGCCGGGGAUCAUCUACUAGACAACGUAAAAUGUCCACAUCGUUACAGAAUAAGAAGCCUAACUCUUGGAAUUUGAAUUCGACAGGACCACCAUCACCUAGCACGAGUACGGCUUCGUCAUCGAUUGCAGAGUCUAAUAUAAUCAGACGAAAGAGCUCGCAACCACACUCAAGAAAGCCAUCCGACAGUUUGGCUGUCGAGCGUCUCAAAGCACAAUUAGGAAAAGCCAAAGCGACGAGAUCGAGAAAUGUAUCCAUAUCUGACAACUCUGAAGCAUUCAAGGGUAUAGAUAUUGGUGCACCACCAACAUCGAUAUCGUCGAUUGAUGCUACGAAUGACAGACCAGUCGACGUAUUAAUAGCCGACGAUAAUCCGAUUAGUUUGAAGAUACUUGAAACUCUCCUGACCAGACUCGGAUGUCGCUGUGUUGUUGUAAGAGAUGGCACAGAUGCCGUAAGUUGUGCAAUGGGAGAGAUAGAAUUCGAUAUCAUGUUCUUUGAUAUCGAGAUGCCGAACUUAAAUGGUGAGAGUGCGGCAAGGGCUAUUAGAAAUCUCUCAAACCUUAACCAAACGAAACCAAUCGUAGCCGUCAGUUCAUUCAAGACUGAUUUAAAAAUUCAAGAGCAAGGUGUAUGGUCGGCGACGAUGAACAAACCAGUGCAGAAGUCGCAAUUAACUGUAAUUAUGAAGCAUUUUGGAUUCCAAACUGCCGCCCUUAGACAAUCAUCACAUACGCAUGAUAACACGAAAUCAACAAUUGCAUAUCAAUAAUCAUCUUUAUCUCAUUUAACGUAACAUAUCUAGCGUAAUUUUUGGUAUUAUGACUAAUUAUUAGCACGAGUGUAUUUAUUUUUAUGUAUUUUCAGC